CAUAGAAAUUCCUUGAACAUCAAAAAUAAAUUUAGUUUAUUCCCUGAACACAAAAAAAAACUAUAUAAAUAUUUAUCUUUGAAAUGUAAGAAUUUUCGUGCAAUUAGGAAACUGCUUACCAAAAGUAUUUUAGUUUUUAUUUUCCUAUUUUCCUAUUCUGCUCAUACGGGUCAGAUUCACGGUGCAAAAAUGACUGGUUAUUUGACAGGUAAUGUUCAUUACAUUAUGUGUGCGCAUGAGCAGUUGGUCAUCUGCUUGCCACACGGCUUCCACGUAUGACAGGCCAACCCUAACCUGUAGCCUCUCAAAAAACAUCUCCGAGAAAAACAUUGAGACAUUCAUCAGUAAAUUAUUACAAAAAUAAGUAAAAGAUCGUGGCAAAAUGGUAUCAGUGCUCAAUACCGUUGAUACAGGGCACGAGGACAUGAUCCACGAUGCCGAGAUGGAUUAUUAUGGCUUGAGAUUGGCCACUUGCUCCAGUGACAAUUCGGUUAAAAUAUUCGAUCUGAAGAACGGAUCACAGAGCCUCGUAGCCGAUCUAAAGGGUCACGUUGGACCUGUCUGGCAGGUUGCCUGGGCCCAUCCCAAGUUCGGAAAUAUCAUUGCUUCCUGCAGCUAUGACAGGAAAGUAAUAAUCUGGAAGGAGCUCGGAGAGUGGACGAAAAUAUACGAACACAUAGGUCACGACUCAUCGGUGAACUCGGUGGCUUGGGCACCCCAUGAAUUCGGCCUCAUCCUGGCUUGUGGCAGCUCUGAUGGUUCCAUAUCGAUUUUGACCAACAGUGGAGACACAUGGGAUGCCCAGAAAAUUCCUAAUGCCCACACCAUCGGGUGCAACGCUGUCAGCUGGUGUCCAGUGGUAGAACCGAGCAAUGAUGCUAUCUCGCAGAAGGGAGGAGCUGUCAAACGAUUGGCAACUGGGGGUUGCGAUAAUCUCGUCAAGAUCUGGAGGGAAGAGGGUGACAGAUGGAUCGAGGAAAAUAAAUUAGAGGCACAUAGUGACUGGGUGCGGGACGUGGCGUGGGCACCAGCAGUUGGUCCCUCUCGUGCCACCCUGGCUUCCUGCUCCCAGGACCGUCGAGUGGUUGUCUGGACCUCGACAGACUACUCCACCUGGACGCCAAAUGUUCUGAAUGUCUUCGAGGAUGUGAUUUGGAACGUUAGUUGGUCCUUGACUGGUCGCAUCCUCGCUGUCAGCGGUGGUGACAACAAAGUCUCUCUCUGGCGCGAAAACUCCGAGGGCCAGUGGGCAUGUAUUUCCGAACUCAACAAGGGACAGGGAAACCUUAACAGCGCUGAUCAACGUGUUCUCUAAUUAAUAUUACAAAUAAAAAAUGUAUCAUAAUUUCCGAAGGACUUCUCCUAACUUAUAGUUUAAAAAUAUCCACGUGGAUCGAAUUUUUUAAGUUAGACUUUUUCUAUCAGUACAUAAAAAUGAACUCGUCUUCAUUUUUGUAAAAAAAAAAAAAGAAAUGCUUUUCGUUGUUAAGCCUCAUUAGAGGGAAAAGUAACCAGAGAAGACUUCAAGAAAUGAAAUUUCAUUAGAAAAUACGAGAAUGUAAUCCAUCAAUCUCGUAUAGAUAUUUUGACUCAUUCACCGUCGAAGAUAUAUUUUCAAUUCACCACUGUUUUCGUAUUUCUUAUUUCUAUUGUACAAAUAAAUUCGCCUUGAUUUUUACAAGUUA